AUUUGGCGUGUGAUUUUUUUUUCUUUUCUAAUUUAUUUUGAUCCUUCAUCGAAGGCUGCUAAUUUAGCAUCUGCCAAAAAAUAGCCCGGAUGUAUAUUCCGAUAUAUCUAGCUCAAUCUGAGGCGCUCCAGCGCUAUGCACAAGUAACAGAGGAAUACACGGACGAGGUAAACCAUGCUCUUGUCAAUAUUUCCUCUAUCACCAAAAAAGUACUUUCUUCAAUACAGCGACGCUCAAACUCUGGAACCAAUACCAACCUUGUAAUCGGCCUUGUUGUCGGCUUCACCCUUGCCGCAUUCACCAUCGGCGUCUGCGUUUUCCUCUGCUUCUACGGCGAUUCCCUCAAGUUCUACAAAAGGAAGCAAAGACAUAGACGCCGAUCCAGUAGUAGUAAAGGAUUAAGGCAUUCGAAACACUCGAAAGAGGUCGAGCAUACCGCGGGUGCACCUGAAGGUGAAAGGGGGGAGGCGUGAUAUGUUGAUAUUGCAUUGGGAUACGGCGUUGGGACCUUUUGGAAUGAGAGAUUAAACAAUUUACUAUUAAUGGCGUCUAAAAUUUUCUUUAUCUGUAUUUCUUUGACGUAUAACGUUGAUGGAUUGGAUAGAUUGCUUAUUAAGUACUCGAAUGAUUUUGGAUAACAGAGCGAAUAAUAUUGAUUCUCUGCUUCUC